CCCCGGGAGCACCGUCCCCGGGCCCGUCCCGUCCCGGAUGGCCCCGCGGCGGGUCCCGGCGGCGGGCGGGCGGUGAGCGGAGCCCCGCGGGCGGAUGCCGGGCGGGGGCCGGGCGGUGCGGGCAGCGGGGGGCCGCGACCCGGGGCUCGCCGCGCCCCUCCGGCCCCCCACGGCCCCGGAGAUGGGCGUUUGGCUGCCCCGUGGCUUGUUGGUACCUGCGGGAGGGCGCCCGGUGGAAAGUCCCUUCCCUUCAUGAGCAGCUCCUGCUCCUCGCCCCGGGCUCUCGCCAUGGACACUGUGAAAACCACCUACAUCGUGCUGGAGCUGAUCAUCGCCGUGCUGUCCAUCGCUGGAAACGUCCUGGUCUGCUGGGCCGUGGCCAUCAACAGCACCUUGAAGAACGCCACCAACUAUUUCCUGGUAUCCCUGGCGGUGGCUGAUAUCGCCGUGGGCUUGCUGGCCAUCCCUUUUGCCAUCACCAUCAGCAUUGGAUUCCAGGUGGAUUUUCACAGCUGCCUCUUCUUCGCCUGCUUCGUGCUGGUGCUGACACAGAGCUCCAUUUUCAGCUUGCUGGCCGUGGCCAUCGACAGGUACCUGGCUAUUAAGAUCCCGCUGAGGUAUAACAGCCUGGUGACUGGCAAGAGGGCGAGAGGACUCAUCGCCGUGCUGUGGCUCCUGUCCUUCGGAAUUGGACUGACUCCACUUAUGGGCUGGAAUAAAGCCAUGAGCGGUUGUCCCAACGCCACCAACGAGACAGGGGCUGGCCCGGGGUCGGGGCACCACGGCUGCUUCAUCUCCUGCCUCUUCGAGAACGUGGUCACGAUGAGCUACAUGGUGUACUUCAACUUCUUCGGCUGCGUGCUGCUGCCACUCGUCAUCAUGCUGGGCAUCUACAUCAAGAUAUUCAUGGUGGCCUGCAAGCAGCUGCACCAGAUCGAGCUGAUGGGCAACUCCAGGACCACGCUGCAGAAGGAGGUGCACGCGGCCAAGUCUCUGGCCAUCAUUGUGGGGCUUUUUGCCUUCUGCUGGCUGCCCCUGCACAUCCUGAACUGCAUCACGCACUUCCACGAGGACUUCUCCAAAUCCAAGCCCGAGUGGGUGAUGUACGUGGCCAUCACCCUCUCCCACGCCAACUCCGUCAUCAAUCCCAUCAUCUACGCCUACCGGAUCAGGGACUUCCGCUACACCUUCCGCAAGAUCAUUUCCAAGAUCCUCUGCAGGGCGGACGACCUCCCCAAGGGCACCACUGACAACCACCAGCACUUGACUGUCACCAACAUCAACUGCCCCGUGGCCUCGGUGACCAUCUGACCCCGCCUGAGGGGGUGCUCAGACAUGACCACUGUGCAGCUGUGCUUUUUUAAUUUGAUUUUUGUAAUUAACACAGUGCCUGGUGGAGGAGUGACCUGAUGGGGGGACACUGAGUGCAGCUCACCCUCCACCACCCCCUCCAGGGUGUGAGUGCCGCUGAUGGCGUCGCGUUUCCCUUCCAGGUCGGACGUUGACUGGGGAAGAAUCACCUGCUGGGGGUGUUUCCCCUAAUUGUGCUGCUCAUGUUCAAGUCAUAGGAUCUUUAUUUUAAUUAUUAUUAUUAUUAUUAUUAUUAUUAUUUUUUUAAUAUUUUUGAUUCAUUUAGGAGUAAUAAUUUUGCGGUCUGUUUUUGAGUUGUUCUCCAAGUCCAUACUUGACAGCUCUUUGGUAAUACCCUAAUUAUUCCAUCAAUUGUUUGAUGCAGCUCGUAUUCUCCGAUGGGAAAAAGUCUUACUUAGCCCAGUUGCUGGUGUGAAAUGGAAUCUGUUCCAGGCUCUGAGGGGAGGGACUGUGUGGAUGGGAAAACCAGAUCAGAACUGGCCAGCUAUUUCUGGCCCCAGCAUGAAAACCCUACUUGGAGUUGUUGAGAAAAAGAGUUGACCAAGGUUUUACAACAGCAGUCCCAUGGCCUUUAAAUCACUUUGGUCUACAGGACUGUGCAGCCCAAAGCUGCAGGUUUGCUUUCAGGUCUGUUUUUGGAUGUCAAAAGGGAGAGGUGCCCCAGUGAUCUUGCCUGGUCUGAUCCGGAGUCACUGAGGGCAGUGCCACUCGGACUGAGCUCCACAAUCAGAUUUUUGCUCCCAAAUCAAGACUUGCCAUCCUUGCAGUGCUUCCAGAAGUGCGGGUUUUAGCUGUGAGAGCUGCAUGUGCAGCUCACCUGGUCCCUACAGCUUGAUCUGGCUAGGGUUCCUCUGCAGCCCUGUAACCCCCUGAGGCUGUGAAUGCGCUUUUUUUUUUUUAAUUUUUUUUUUAAAAAACAUUUUUUUUUACAAUAAUUUUUAUAUUUUUAUUUUUUCCAAUGCUGACCUGCAUCAGUAGCAAAAAGAGACAGGAAGGGAGCUAAAGUGCUAAUGUGUGUGAGAAGCAAGAUUGCCGUGGCCUGUGACCUGAUUUUGGCAAAGCUCUCACAGGUUGUCUAGCCUGGCCUCUGUAGUUGGCCACGUGUCCUGGCCCUCACUCUGAGUGAGCCCCAAGCCCACUCAUCAGCAGAGCAGUCUUAAUUAUAGUGCAGGUUAAUAACCCUCUGCAACCACAGCUCAGUAAUUACUGCACCAGUUUAACGUGCAGCGGUGAUACCCAAAACGAGACAAAGGCAGGGAGAGCAGAGCAGUAAUUUCUGAAGAACAAGCUGAUGGUGGUACAGAGAUGCAGCUGCCCCUGACCAGCUCAGACCUGCCAUCGCAUCGUGGCCCUCUCACAGAUGGGAAUCCUGCCUGAAGGUUCCAUCUCCCUCCGGAGCACUCGGUGCCAGCAGCACCACCACGCAACUGGUGAGGAGCUGGAGCGCAGGGACUGCUGGUAAAUGGUUGUCAGCAGUAACUCAGGCAGGGGGACAGAGGCAGCAGGACUUCUGGGGCCAGGCUGCAGGGAAGGAAGUUUGAACACAGCCAGUUCCUGAAGAACAGGUCCAGUGGACAGACUGUGAUGCGUGAUGAGCAGUUUGUCCCUGGAAAAUUGUACUUGAAUCAUGUAUUUUUUUUUAAAACUGUGUUGCACUAAAAGGGGGUUAAUACAAGACCCCAAGAAUUUAAUUUCUCUGGCAUAUAUAAUGACAAAUACGGUGUAAAAUCAGUUGAAAAGCUGAUGUGAAGAAAUCUUGUUCCUGCAGCAUCUGCUCUGCCAGCUGGCAAGACCUGCAGGCAGCAGCUGCAGGAAUGACUUAGGGCCCACCAUGCACAGGGAAUGGUUCCCUGAGAGUGAUGGAUUUCACUACCUUGUGUAGCAGCUCAGCCCUGAGAGCCAACCCCAAACCUGGGUGAAUCACCAGUAACUCUGAAUGGGUUUGUGCAUGUUUAUGCAGUGUCCAAAUUUAGCUACAGCUCAGUAUCUCAUGUGCAUUUCCAAGAAGAAUCUGAACAGUUAAAGUUACUGUCCCAAGUGCUUUUCCUUUAACAGCCCCAUUCAGCUUUGCUGCAUCUGCCUUGGUCACAGUCCAGCUGACACAUGUAGCCACCUCCUGCCAUUUGGGCAGGGGCUGACUCUCUCCUCCGCUCAUUCCUUCCCUUCUGUAUUAUCUUUGGCUGUGUUCCUUCUGUUAAUCAUGGCUGGAAACAAGCAGGGUUUCACCUGCAGGUCUGGCAGUGUUGCAAAGUGGUUGCAACCACAUUUCUUCUCACAACAAAGGAUGUCAUCUCUCCCUUCUGCUGGCUGAAAAAGAACCAAACUCUGGACAGCACCAACAGACUGAAACUCAAGAGUGCUCUAAAACCGAAAGAGGAGGCCCCAGGACACUGGUUGUAUGUGACAGCUUGCACUGCAGCUCAGCAUCCACGACUGCCACCUUCCUCUGCCUCUCAUGAGCCUGAAUUCCUGCAGAUGGAUGAGGUGUAUCCGUAGUACGACUGUGCCGUCGGGGUGUCAGGCAGUAACUGUGGCCCAGGUCACCACGGUCACGAGGCACAGCAGAGUGCCUUUGUGGAUCUGAGCCAAAGACA